AAAGGAUGCUCAGCAAAUACAUCGGCCCUCGCUACGUGCAGCUCUUGCGCAACUGGGUCCCUACGGCGGCCACAUGGGGCGCAGUGAGUGCUGUGGGGCUAGUUUGGGCCACAGAUUGGAGGCUGAUCCUAGACUAUGUUCCCUAUAUCAGGGGCAAGUUUAAAAAGGAUGAAUGAGCAGCAGCUGCCCAUGCAACAGGCUGAGCUGUUCAGUCCGUGAAACUUCGAAAUCCACCGAACA